AUGUUGGACACACUCGCAUCCGAACUUCAUUCAGAUUCGAAGAAGCAUUUAGUGUGUGUUCAGCUUGACAAUGCUAUAAAAACAGUGAAAGGGCUCAACGACGGGGAUGAGCCCAACCACAGAAGAACCAACAGGAAAAAGUUGUCAGGAGAAACAUGGAUCUCGUUCGCUUUGGGGUCGAAGGCAAUUCCGGCCAGGACAAUGCUGGGAGUGAACUCGCUGUUGGCGAUGACAUUUCAGUUUGGUAACAUCAUCCGGAAUCUUCCACGUGUCUCAUAUGUCAAG